AUGGCUAAGCAAAUGGGAGGAGUCUCACUUAAGGGUGAGGAAGAAGCACUUUACGCAAGCAAGAAUAGAGGUAACUUUAAGCAGCGCACCAUUGGUAUAUCUAAAAAGAAUGAUGACAAGGUAAAAAGUCAUCAAGGAAAAAGGAGCUUUCGUUCAGGAGGAGCUUCGAAAAAUGGCAGCAACAAUAGAAGGUUUGAAGGGAAGUGUUACAAUUGUGGAAAAAGAGGUCAUAUGGCAAAAGUUUGUUGGUCCAGUAAAAAGUCUCUGGAGAACAAUGCUGCUAUUUCCAAUACAAAGGAAAAAAGCGAAGAUGAUUGGGAUGCUGAAGCACUCUUUACUAUAGAAGAGGAGUUAGCUGUUACAGUAACAACGUCUGAACAGAUUGAUUAUGUUAAUGUGUGGAUCAUUGACUCGAGCUGCAGAAAUCAUAUGACGGGACCAAAAGCUGAUGAUUUCUUAUCUGCACGGAAAAUAUCAUUUACGAUGCAAUCUAUGAGCGAAAUAUAA